UUAAAUUUAAACCGUUGACAUUUUGACAAGCGUCAUAGUUGCCAUUGGUUGCCAUACUUAAUUUAUUCCGCUGUACCUAUUACCAACGUUUGAAAGUAAAAAGUAUUUGAUGAUGUUGACGAUGAUGUCAAGUACUAUUUAUACUAUUCUCCGAAGAAGUCUGAAGUAUAAGCUAUCUUGCGAUUACAUCUAACCUGUGAAACUGAUUAUUAUUACUCAAAGAGCUUUACUUUCUUGACUGUGAUAUUUGAGUACUUUUUAAUUUUAUGUAAGAGACUUUAAAAUGAUGGACAUUCUUGAGCCUGAAUUAGUUUGGGUAGAAGGCAGGUGCUACAGAUUUUGUGACAAGUUCGCAUGGUCUCAAGGCAAAGAAAUUGCAUCUUAUGUGGAAGAAUCUUAUGAACCAGAUUAUGGAUCAAAUGAUGAAGAAUCUUGUGAUGCGUCAAUAGAAAUAGUUCCAUCAAGAGGAAAUCGUUAUAAACACAGUUUUCAUGUGAAUAGUAAUUUCUUUCGAUUUAUAAUUGGAGCCAAGGGAGCUACACUUAAACGAAUGGCAGCUGAUACGAAUACUCUUAUAUCAGUUCCUAAACUUGGUCAAGAUGGAGACAUAGUUAUCACUGGAGUGAGUAGAAGAGACAUAAUGGCAGCAAGGCGCAGAAUAGAUAUUUUAAUAGAAACCUCUAGAAGUAAAUUAGAGUUCACCCAUUUUGUUUCAAUACCUGGUAAUUCUGAUGAGAUAAAGGAAAACUUCAAGAAAUUUAAAGAUGAAAUUUUAAGAAAUUGUAGUACAGGUGUGAGGGGACUUAAGGAGGAGAUAUUUCAAAAACCUGAAAGGUUGCAUCUAACUUUGAUUAUGCUGGUUCUGUUAGAUGAAGAAGAUCGUAAAAAAGCUAUUGAAGUUUUAGAAAUAUGCAAAGAACAAGUAGUUAUUCCAACAUUAAAAAAGAAUGGACCAAUCACGAUAGAGUUCAAAGGAGUACAAAUAAUGAAUGAUGAUCCAAGUGAAGUGGAAGUUUUGUAUAUUCAAGCACAUGAUACUACUGGUUGUCUGCAGAAGAUAUCAGAUGACAUAGCUGACUAUUUUAUUGACCGCGGAUUGACAAGGAGACAGUAUGACAAAGUCAAAUUGCACAUGACAGCAAUGAAUUCUCAGUUCUUAAAACCAGAAAUACAAGAAUACCAUCGAAAACGUGAGACGUUUGAUGCAACGAAUAUAUUAAAAACCUACGAAAAUUUCUAUUUCGGAAAAAUGGCUUUGUCUACAAUUCAUCUUUCUCAAAGGCAUACGAGGUCGAAAGAUGGCUUUUAUCAGUCGACAGCGAAAAUCGAGCUCUCUAAUUAAAUAGUUAGUCGUUAUUUAUUUUUUUUUACUACGAUCAUGUAUAUAAACGCCAAGUAAUACACAACUAUAUUGUCGUCAAAACUAAAAUCGAAUAAUUUAUCUUUAAAUAACUUCCCGCUGAACGAAAAAUGUACACUUGAGAUAACAAUUUCUUCAUAUGUACUCACAUAUACAUACACGUGACGUUUGUAUCACUAUCGUGAACAUAGAAAUGGCAGCUCGAUAAGAAGAUCUUUAUACAAAAGCACCUUUUGCUUGCAAACCGCACUGUUAUUUUAAGCCUGAUAUAGAGCGCCCCUCGUGCGAGACACGGCGUGAAUCUUUCGCUGUUAUCUCAAGAAAAUUGCAGUCGCAGAAGAUUGAAGCAAGCGCCGGGAAGUAUUCCUCGAACUGUUUGGCAAAUAAAGAAACAUAAUUAAGAGAAGAUACAUCGUUUUGUAGUAGAUAUGAUAAAACAAGGAUGAAGCAAGAGGAACAAUGAUUUCAAUCAUUCGAUUUUGAAGAGAAGAAAAAACAAGCAACAUCUUCGAACAUCUGAGCAAGAGAAAAGUCAGCAUCAGUAUGAAUAUAUGAUGGGACACGCGUGUCGUGGAAUCCUUCCAUAAUCGUGCAACUGCAGAACUAAUACAUAGAUUACCAUAGAACGAGAGGUGCCGGAAUCCCGAAAAACGCGCUAACAAGUGCGAAGAAGAAGCCUAAGUAUAGGAGACGCGCCGAGGCAGCAGCGCGUCUAUAAUAAACAAAAAUCGUCAUACUAAUGGGAACGAUAAGGCAUCAGUCGCAGCAGUAGCUUGUUUUCCGGCACAUUAGAAACCGCCAUACUACGACAAGGCGGCGGCCGAAUUUUCGUCGUAAUCGCUGCUUUACAGUCGACGAGAUAAUGAAAAUGGCAUCGGCGUGACAAGAAGGUGGAAAGUAGAAUAGAAAGAUCGUGAGUCUGCUUCCUCUCAGAUGCGCCGCUCGAGAAAGCUGUCAAGGUUUUUUUUCGAAAACGCCGCCGCCGAGUCUCUUUUGGCGGGGAAAUUCGUUAGUUGUGCGAUUAUGCGAAUCGGGACUGUGCGGAGACAAAAAUAACAACAUAAGCAACAAGAUGUUCUCCGAUAGGAACAAGAGCACGGCCAUGGCCAACAAUCAUGUGGGUUACUACCACUCCUACAAGUAUCACUCGCUGGAACUUUUAGACCGCAUUGAAAAAAUGCAUGGCAUUAGAAGAGUAGUUACUUUUUGCAUACUCACAACAGUGCUUCCAACGAUGUUACUAGUAGUUCCUCUGUACUUGAGACACAGCGUCUACGCAGAUGUUCAAUUUGCAGUGACAGAAUCUGAUAUUGUAGAGAUUACUGAUGGAAUUUCACCAAUAUUUUGUUCUGAGCACAGUCUAAAAAUGAAUGAUACUUUCAAUGCAUUUCAAGUUUCUCGAAGGCCAGAGAAGACAUCAUAUAGGAAACACAUAAGACUGAAGAAGAGUAUGACUCUACCUGAUGACACUCUGGAAUAUUGGGGUUUUUAUCUUUUGAAAGGUGCAAAGGUUGCAUUGACUGUCUGUUCAAGAUUUGAAGGAUCAUCUAUUCUUGUUGUGAAAGGAGAGAGAAACUUGAGGACCUGUGGCAUGUUGGAUCAUAAUAAAAAUAAAGCAAAGGCAACUGGAAUUUAUUUACCUGAAGCUGAUCAACAGGUAAAAGUCACAUUUGAGUCCAAUGCCCAAGAAAUUAAUUCUAAAGAGUUUGUCUCACCUGAUGUCAAUAAAGAAUCUCAGAAGAUUGAUGGUUUUAACAAUGACGAGCAACUUUCAAAAGUUAAACAGAACCAAACAUCACAAGCUCCUAGAACAAAAUCAAACAACACAGAAAACAGUAAUCAGAGCACUGCUACAGAGAAUGUGGAGAGCAUGCUGGAUGAAGACGAGGAAUUAGAGGCCUUAUUUAAUAAAGCAGAAGGAUACGUAAAUAAACGCAUUAAUCAUAAGUUGGACGAAAAAAAUUCGUCUUCCACAGAUAAAGCAAGGCAUUUGAAGAGAAGAAUGACAAAGUUACAUAGAUUUGAAAAUGAACAAAAUAAAGAAAACGAUGACAAUGUAAAAAUAGAUGACAGUCACAUAAAGUCAAUCGUCCACCAAAGAAAUCAGAGGAAAAAUUUGGAGAAUCAAAGGAAACUCUCCGAAAGGCAAAAAGAGCGCCUCAAAUUAUUAGAGGAAGAAUUGGGUUGGAAUCACGAAAAUACAGAAAAAGAAGAUAACCAUGGUGAAGAAAAUACUGAAGGGAUGCUAGUUAGACAGAGAAGAAGUCAACAGCCUAUUAAACCUGAACUUUUAGAUAGAGGUAUCAGGCAUGGAGGGAAUGCAGCCCAAAAUUUUACAGACAGUGAUGAGUCAGUUUCUAGUUUUGAGAAUGGCUUAUUAAAUUGCUAUGAGGGUAACGUUUUAUUAAGAACUGAGUUCAAUCCAUCAAGUGAAUGCAGAGAUGUCAAUUAUUUGUUGAAUGGUGAAAAGCACAUGCAAACUAUUCAUGAAGUGGCACAAGAUGGAUAUUAUUAUUACAUAUUCUACAGCGAUAAUGAUAUAGUUUCGAACGAUAUUCACGCUGUUUUUGAAAUUUACAAGCCGUCUUUGCAAUAUGAAAAUGUUACCAAGGCUUGCAUUAAUAAGACAGAAUGCAGCUUUCCCUUGUCAAUGACAUCUAUAGACCGAGUUAUUGUUGAAGUGCCGACUAAGGAUGGAAUUGAUCAUGAAAUGGAUGAUAUUUCUGUUCUUGUCUCAGUUUGUGUUCCCAGAAUGGGCAUUUAUGUUAUCUUCCCAAUUGCAGUAUUGUUUCUAAUUCUUGGUUGUGCUUUUAUGUAAAGUAGUCAUCAUCAAGAUAAUCAAGAACCUUAGGAUUAAGUUUUAUUUGCUUUGUAAGCAUACAUUGUUUAAUUUUUUCAUAUUUUUUUAAUGCAUCACCGCAUAAAACGAUACAGAAUAUUUCUCUAUUUUUCAUACAACUAGUAGGAGAAAAUAAUGAUGUACAAAUUAUAGAGAUUCGAUAUUUUUUCAUAUAAUAUAAUGUAUCAUAUGUAUGAUAAUGAAUAGCUUUGCUAAGCUAAAGAUAUUUUUAUCAAACGUAGAUGUUAAUUAUGUAAGUUUAUUUUUAAUUGAAAAAUACAGAUUUUUUUAUAUAGCAUA